UCUUCUCUUGAUCCUUCACUAGUGGUAGUGGAUGUUUUGUUUGAGACUUCAAUUUAUUCUUCAAUUUGAGAUUUUGAGAUUGAGAUGAUUCAUUCAGAUUCAUAUUGAAACUAAAGUUUUAUUUUUAAUUUUAUUAUUGCAUUAAUUUAAUACUAUGGAUUCAUCACGUAGGAGUAACACAGAUGAACAACGAUGUAUAAUGGGCCUUCAAGAUUUAAAACUCUCCAAUAAAGUUGAAGAUGUAACUGAGCAAGCGCACGGCGCCGUAACAUCGAACACAAGUUCUCUGGCCAAAACCCGACCUGUGGGAGCAAUAGAGAGCUUUGUAUUGGAUAAUAGCCAAAACAAUCGUCAAGAUUACAGCUUUUACGAGAGGUCGAACGUCAUAGCUGCUUCAAAGUUUGCUACGCCUAAACGAGUUGAAACUAUUGCGUCGAUCAAUAAACGCGAUAUAAACACUGCAGCUCUGCCUUCCAGUCCGACACGUUCCAUAGAUUCUAUAUCACAAAGAUCACUCAGUUAUCAAACUGAUGACUUGUACGAGAUCCCGGCGAUUCCAAAUGCUCAAUACCCGCCACCAGUUUAUGAAAACAUAGAUUAUUACGGUGAGCAGCGAUCACCUCAACCUCCGUACUAUCAUCAGUUGUACGGGCAGGCGCCGCCGCCGCCAGUGUCUGACGGAUACUACGAUACACGUUAUAGUAAAGCUCAACCUCAAGUGCCAGUUAACUCCAAGACUACUAAACCUAACCCACUAGUGUAUGAAAACAUGUUGUGUUCUGAUACUGAUAAGAAAAGCGAGUUUAAACCCCAACCAAACCAUGACCAGCGUUUUAUACAGCAGGGAUCAGUUCCUGGACCACAAGUACCCAACACUGGAGCUACUAGGAAUAUGGCACAAAUGUUAUCAAGUGACAAAGUAAAAAUAGAUAAAGCUCCACCACCUCCUCCAUACAAUACAUCUCAAGAUAAUCCAGGAAGUGACUACACAGUAAUGAAGUCUGCCCCUCCCAAGUACACUGACGUGAGUGCACUGCUCAAGAGUGAUAAUUCUAUUAGUUUUGAUGAUAAAGUUGUGACCAUACCAUCUACAGCAAUAUAUGCAUCUAUAGCACCAAGUGCACAAAGACCUAAGGCUAAUAUUGCUACUGAAGUACAAACUGCAACAGCAAGUCCCAAAUUCUUUCAUCCUAAGCCAAAUAUUGGCAAUAGUAUUGGAAAAGAGAAACCUUUAAUCAAUGGAGGCUAUAAUGCCAAGCCAACAGUUGGUGGUAGAAUGCAGAUAGUGGAAGACACAAAUGGUUCAGACUAUGUGUGUAUGACUGGUGGCUCUCCUGCAGUAGCAGUGGCAGCAGCUAACAGGGACAAUGUCUCCAUUGCCUCAGAGUCUAUUACUUCUAGGAAUUUGGUAUCAGGUCUUACAUCUCUGUGUUCCCCGGCUCAAUCCCCUGCACCCAGUCCAACUCCAAGCUCAGUCUCUCAAGUGUCAGGUGGUUCUCGAGGCUCUGGUGGUAGGGGCAAAAGUUUGUUGCCUUACAGCAUCACACCACCUCGUCCUCCAGGCCCCAGUGAGGCACAACGUAAAAUAGAAGAACUCACUAGACAACUUGAAGAAGAAAUGGAGAGGCAAGAUGAGGAGGGUGAAUACUUUGGUAUUUGUCAUACAUGUGGUGCUGGAGUCACAGGGGCAGGCCAGGCUUGCCAAGCCAUGGGCAAUCUCUAUCAUACAAAUUGUUUCAUCUGUUGCUCAUGUGGCCGUGCAUUACGAGGAAAGGCUUUCUACAAUGUACAUGGGAAGGUUUACUGUGAAGAAGACUAUUUGUACUCUGGAUUCCAACAAACUGCUGAGAAGUGUGCAAUAUGUGGUCACUUGAUAAUGGAAAUGAUUUUACAAGCAAUGGGCAAAUCAUACCACCCAGGUUGUUUCCGUUGCUGUGUUUGCAAUGAAUGUCUCGAUGGGGUGCCCUUCACCGUGGAUGUUGACAACAAGAUAUACUGUGUCAAUGACUACCAUCGCAUGUUUGCGCCUAAAUGUGCUAGCUGUGGAAAAGGUAUCACACCAGUUGAAGGCACGGAUGAAACAGUGCGGGUUGUCUCAAUGGAUCGGGACUUUCAUGUUGACUGCUACAUGUGUUGUGUUUGUGGAAUGCAACUGACUGAUGAACCUGAUAAACGCUGCUAUCCUUUAGCUGGUAAAUUAAUGUGUCGCGCUUGUCAUUUGGCCACGAUCGGAGCGGCGACGGGACCAGGCCUCUCGCCAGCGCCUCAUCUCUCCCCCGCUUCAUACCAGUACAUGGGUUGAACUUCACUCUUUUGGCUGCGUCUAGUGUUAAAACAAUUAUAUUACAACAGAAUAAAUAGUUGGCAGGCUAAUAUUUCUAUUAUCAAAUUAUGUGCUCAAAAAUAAUUUUGUAUAGCUAAUGUUGCACCUAUUAGCAUUUAUCGUAAUUAGCUUUAAUAUCUGUAACUUAAGUUAUGAGGAUCAAGCAAAACAUUAAAACUGUGUUGUUAAUAUUUAUAAGAAUAAUAAUUCAAGAUAAUGUGAUUCUAUGUAAAUGUCACGAUAUCGAAACCUAUCUAUUGAUAAGCAUAUAGAAUGAGGAGAACAACAAUUCUGCUUAGGUAUUUUAAAUGUUAGUAAAAUGUAUGAAUAUAUUUGAUUAGCAACUGUAUUUCAUAGCAGCAAAUAGAAUAAAUAAAGUUAAUAAUGAUAAUUGUGAUUUGUUUUAGCCAAGAAAGUUUGCCUAUUAUAAUUUGUGAUAUCCAAUGUUUUAACUGAUACAUCUUCAGUGAUUAUGGGAAUUGAUUUUUAUUAUGUGAAAUGAUAAAACUGAUGAUGGAAUUGGUUUUAAAUUGUUAAUGAAUUUGACGCUGUAUUUCUAUGUACUAGAAAUAGAUGUUAAACCCCCAAGUAUUAUGGCUGCUACUGCUAGUUGAUUUGCCAUUGAUGUGAAAUGCAUUUAUUAUUUUUACACACUAGACUGGACAGCACUCCUGGUUGGUGUGUAUAGUACUAAAUAUUAAAUAUAUAAUGGUUAAACAGAAUAGGCUCUGUACUGUUUAUGAGCAUAUAAUUGUUUUUGGUCACAAUUUUAGAAAUAUUUUAGGAUGAGAGGCGCAAUAAAACAUUCCAGUAAUGUGCUGUCUUGUUUUGUACUUAAUAUAAUUAGGUUAAACCAUUUUAUAUGUACAUUUUGAUGAAAAAUGAUGUGAUUAUUAUUUGUAACUAGCUAUUUUAUAUGAAAU